AUGUCAUCAUCAUCACAUUUCGCUAUCUUUUGCAUCAUCUUCGUUUCCUCUUUUGUCCUUCAUGAAUGUGAAAACAUGGUGGAGGAUAUUGACGCAAGCAAAAUAGUUAUAUAUAAGUCACCGUGUGUUCGAACACGUUGCAGCAGCUUUAGCUUCUUAUGGAAUUGUCAUUGUUGCAGAGGAAAGUUUAAGAAAAUAAAAGUAUGCGAGGCAGAGUGUCUAAGACUUAACCCGCCGAUAACUUCUUCAUAG